AUGCAUUUCUCUACAUCUGUCUGGCUGUCGCUGCUGCUUCCAGCUUUGGAGGCCACCGCUCAACCUGUUGCGAAGCAAAAUUAUACAUGCACAAGCUUCAUGGUCAAAGUGCCGGUCAACAAUGCGACUGUGGUGGUCCCUCCGAUACCUGAAUUCCCAGAUCAAUAUGCUGCCACGGCAUUUGCGAAUCAAAUCACCCUUCGCACGCCCUCUACUGCCGCACCUAACUUGACCACUCUCACAAAGACGUUCAACAUCAGUGCAGAAUACUGUAUUCCAGCCAAGCCAGGUCCGAAGGCAUCGACCUUGCAUCUCCUUACUCAUGGAAUCGGAUUCAACCGGAGCUACUGGGACUUCUAUCUGCCCUCGAAGCCCAAUGACGCUCAGUAUUCCUACAUCAACAGCGCCACAGGUGCGGGAUACAGCACUCUCUCUUGGAACCGGCUGGGCAUUGUGCCCUCGACCCUUGCCGACCCCUAUACGGAGAUUCAGAGUCUCGUUGAGCUUGCAGUGCUCGUCAGUCUUACCACGCUCGUCCGAGCAGGGAACAUCUCUCAAGUCCCCGUCCCGGACAAAGUCGUCCAUGUCGGCCACAGCUACGGCAGCGAGCUGAGCGCGUCGCUCGCCUCAGUCGCCCCCGACCUGACCGAUGGCGUGGUGCUGACCGGCUACUCCGCCAUUGGCAACUACUCGACCUUUUUUGUGGCCAACACGGCGCUGCACCUCGCCAGCACGAACCAACCUAAACGAUUCCCCAACAGCACUUACUCGAAUGGAUUCCUGACCUGGCCAGACAAAUACGGCAACCAAUACUCCUUCUUCCAGUACCCGUUCUUCGACCCCGCCGUGCUCGACCAGGCCGAAGCGACAAAGUUCCCCUUCACCUUUGGCGAGUUCCUCACCAUGACGGCCCUGCCCCUCGCCGCCCCCAACUUUACGGGCCCCGUGCUCUAUCUCGGCUCCGAGGCCGACUUGAUCUUUUGCGCCUCAAACUGCACGGGCCUGUUUGGUCCCGACAGCGCCGCGGUGCAGUCGUUCAGCGGCAGCAGCAGCGUCGAGACGUAUCUCCAGCCGGAUGUGGGUCACGGCCUGAAUCUGCACUACAAUGCCACGGGCGCGUACAAUGUCAUUCUCGACUGGGCUGAUAGACAUGGAUUUUGA